GGUGUCUAACUCGGUGUUACGGUGUGUUUGACCCUAAAUCAAUUUUACUCCGGAAUAUCCCUUUAAGACGAUCGAAAACCAAAGAUGUAUCAUCAUGUGUACAUGGAUACGAGGAAUGAGGUUUCUCUCUCUCUCUGUGUGAAUCAUGUGAAUUCCUGAAUUUGAUCAAAAGUGAGAUCAGGCUUCAAACCAGGACACUCAACUCCAUCAGUCUAUCUUUAGCGGGUCUGAAAUGAACACCCGGCCGCCACACGCCAACUGCAGGUAGGUUUUCCAUUUGGCGGGUAACUCAGACGGCUAUGUCGCACCCUGAACUUCAGCUGUGUGAGUUACAUUCAAACACUCCAGUCUGAAGAAUCAAACGUCAUUUUUCUAUGAGUUUAAUUUCAUGUUUGUGAGCCUGAAAGGAGCACAGCUGGUCUGAAAUCAUCCGCGCUUUUAAGGAUUUCAACAAGACUUUGUAAAGUGAGAGUUAAAUAAGAGCGAGGAGCAGCAGAGAGGUGAGGGCUCUGGUUCAGGACAGCAGGAUCUGAACCCUGCUGGAGCUGUCACAGCUCCUCUGGUUUACAGCAGCAAGGAUCUCUGGCUGUUCUCCUACAAGCACUAAUGAGGACAAUUAGACAAGGUCCAUUUAUACUCUCUGUGGAGCAGUACACGGGAACAACAGUGAAUGAGAGAAAGGAGCUCGGGGCUUUCAAAAAGACUAAACAUAGAAACAGCGUAAACAGUGACGAGCUCCAAAAAAACACACAGGAAGACGACCCUGAGAGUUCAGGGAUCAAGGAUAUCUUUAUCAACCCUGAGGGGCAAUUUGUUUUACAGCCGACAGCGCUCCCCAAUCAUCCAACAAAUAACAGAAAAAAAGAGGUAAACUACGCGGGUCAUGAGAUAGCCGGCAGGGUUAUAGAGAUAAAGAGAAAAGGGGGACAAUAAGAGGGUCUUUCCUUCGGUCAGAGCUGAGCUGCUGCUGCCUGGGAAAAAAAAAAAAAAAACACAGAGGGAGUUUUCUGCUGCUGGCUGUAGAUGUAACAGUAUUUGAAUAAUCUCUCCAGGAAUGGAAAACUGAUUAAUCCUUGCAGAAGGAUCCUGGGGAUGAGUACAGCGGUUUGGUUUCAAAGAAGAGAUACAGAGAGAGGGAGGGAGAGGCCAGGGGAGUGGGUGAGCGUGAGAGCAGGAGACAGAGGAGGAAGAGAGAGAGAGAGAGAGAGAGAGAGAGAGAGAGAGAGAGAGAGAGAGAGAGAGAGAGAGAGAGAGAGAGAGAGAGAGAGAGAGAGAGAGAGAGAGAGAGAGAGAGAAUGGGCCGAAGCUCAAGACAAAGAGGCUCCACUGUCCGACUGUCUCCUUUCAUGACUCGCCCCACCGCAGUGCCAGGCGUUCCUCUUCUUCAUGCCGUUUUGUACCGCUCUGUUCACACAACUCCUUCUUAUCUGAGUUUAGAGUACGGAGAGAAACAAGACGACAGGGCAGCCGAAUUCGCCGUCCGGCCAUCCGUGAUGCGAAGCACGCCUGGCCGCCUGGCGUAUCUGCUGGGCGCUGUUAUCAGAGGAGCCGGCCGACUGGAGGUGAUAGCGCUCCAGUCUGCUCCGCUCGCAAACGGACAAAUGAAGAGGGAAUUUGAAAAAUGCUGUAACCGUGGUAAUCCAAUUUUCCGGGCCCCGGUUUGUAGCUCGGGCCGCUUAUGUAAAAAGAGGAGUGGAGAGAGGGAGAAGGAAAAACAAGGAGGAGGUGAGGAUGAGAGCGGGCUGUGCAUCACAAGAAACGCACAACAAGAGGGGUCAGAGGUCGUCUAAAUAAACAAGUAAGGCUGGUUCAUCUGAUCUUAUUCCAAAACUCUGAUCAACCUGCUGCAUCUCGCAGGUGAAUUAGAGGUCAGCUGUGGGGUUUGUAGCCCCGCCCCCUAAACAACAAGCAUAACCAUCAACGACUACAGCAGAAAAACAAAAACAAAUCACAGCUGAUGAUGAGUUAGCGUUCCUGCUGGAGGCUGUGACUGAGUCAGCGAGUGAGCGUCUGAUAUUGACAGGAAACGCUCAGGAACACGGUGUGAGAUGGGCGUCCAGCUGAUUCCCUUCAUUAAUGCUAAUCGUUAAUGCUAACCUCCUGAAUGUGACAUUCUGGGUCACAUGCAUCAGCACAGACAUAAUGACUGUAACACAGUCGGCAGUUUGACCUAAAUAGAGUUCAUUCUGUCACUGAAUACGCUGAAUUAUCACUAAAUACCAGCUACCAGUGCUGCUAAUGAGAGCUGAAUUAUCCAGCAGGAGGAGCUUCUGUUCAGAGGAUCUCCACAGGGAACACAACUUCAAAAAACAAAACUAAAAUAAAGAUUUACUUUUGUCAAGAGAGCGAUGUUUGGUGAAGCCCACUUAGUCAGGUGCAAAUAUGACUUACCCCCCAAAAACAAAACGAGAAAAUAUUGUCACCACCCCUAAAAAUUCAAAUGUCGCCAUGAACUUUCCAGGUCCUUAAAAUGACUCCUUUGUAUACCUUCUAGACCAGGAAUACAGGCGCCUGAUACACGUGUUGACCAUUAAAUAUUCUAAUUAGCAUAUUUUUAUGAUAGAAAAGUAAUUACAAGUACAACUCAUGCCCAACAGGGAGCGCUGCAUAGUGACAUUUGAAUUUUUAAGGGUGGUGAGCGUAUUUUCUCAUUUUCUCAUGGAAAACGCUUUUCUGGUCCGGGUUUGAUCAGUCGGUCUCCCUGUCGGCGUGAAAAGCAGUAGCCUACAGUAUAUCUACAGUAUAUAUAUAUUUUUAUAACUUAAUAAAACUUUGAAUAAAUCGGCUGAUUAAUCCGUAAAUGGAUUUUUUCCCCCCUAAUAAUCAGUAUCGGCAUCGGCCCCAAAAAUUCCAUAUCGGUCGGGCCCUAUUUCAAAGUCCCCUCCUCCUCCUCUUCUAACUCUAGUAUGUCAACAAAAUAAAACAAGAAUUUUAAAAGGGGAUUUGUCUAUUGUUCAGUUUUCGUUUCUGGAAAUGUAUGUAAAUUAGUGCAGAUUUAAUUAGAUAUUACCUCAUUUACAUAUUCAAACAUAACAGUUGACAAAACUUGUAAUACAAGAAAUAUUUGUCUUAAUGUAAGUUAUAACUUUGGGAAGUUUCAUAAUGAUAUCUGUUGGUUAAAAAUUUUACCCUAUUUACCUGGGGUUGUCCACCUGUGCUUCCUACCCAUCAUGGACGCCAUCUUGAAAAAGACGCCUUUGUAGUGGUCAAACUUUGGUAAACUUUUAGUGUGUUAUUAAGGACAUUUAACACUGUAAAAAAACAGUUGAGAAACCUUUUGUUAGAAUUUUUUAAGGGUUAGGUGUUUUUUUUUUCAUAUAUGCACCCGCCUAACUGAGUAAACGUGAUUUUAUUAAACUGAAUUUAAAUAAUUUCACCAUCCAUGUCCCCACAGUGGUUAUCAGUGAUCAGGAUCACUUUGCUUACCAAGUACUAUCCAUGUCCAAACAUCAGCCAAACUUAUGAAACACACCUAACUCGAGCACAAGCCAGAAAUAUCAAAAACACAAAAAUAACUCAGCGGGGAAGUGAGUCAGUGUCUUUCUGUCGAAAAACUCAGGAUCGAAGGGGUUCACCAUGUUUCACGGGUCCAGAGGGAACCAGGAGGACUCGGUAUGAAUGGGUGGUAACUCAGCAGAGGAAGGAAAUGUGCGAAUAGAAGCGCUGGCUACUGUUUGCACGGCUCACUCACUCCCUGUCUGCUGCCGCUGAAUCAUUUCAGAGUCCUUCAAUCUGUUCCCUGCCCCCAGCGAGACACGGUGACCUCCGCUUCCUGAGCACACAUGACUGCUGCCGGGGUUAGGGUUGAGACAGAGAAGGAAAAUAGGGUCCAGGCUGCUGCUGCUGCUGCUGCUCUGGGGAUAUUGAGUUGCUUUUCCCUGCAGCCCAGUGCGUGUGUGUGUGUGUGUGUGUGUGUGUGGUAUUAAGGGGGCCCAUCCCAUCAGAGAGUCAGAGAGCCAAUGGGCCGUUCAGCAGGGAGAGCCACACAUCACUUUGGGCAACAGCUGAGGCCACAUAUAAACGAGGAGCGGGGCAGUGCCCUGGCACCAGGGAGUGGCAAAUCACUGUCGCUGUAUCUUCUCCUCUCAGGCGAGUCCCGGCUCUGAUUCACAGACCGGAUCGAUCCGCUGAAUCUGGCCCGGUUUCCACCACCAGGCAUCCUGAAGAAAUAUGUGUCUUGCGCUCGCCCCGAAACUGCAUUUGUGUGAUUGUUUUUUUAAAAACUUGCUGAAGGCAACACGAUGCUUAAUAGAGUGAAGUUUGGAGUCAGGAGAGAGAGAGCUGUAAACACUAGAGAGGAGGCUGCAGGCUCAGAGCAGGGCCUAGGUGGAGGGAGGGGGUAGAUGGAGCGGCCUGAGUGCUCCAACUCCAUCAAUCCUGGAGCCUCUUUGGGGCAGAGAAGCAGAGAAGAUUUCUUCAUAAAGUGCUCGUGAAAUUGAACACCGGCUGACAAAGUGGCUAUUUGUUGCAGAGCUGCAGCAAACCAGUUUUUCUCUGUUCGGCUGUUUUUUGUCUUAGAUGUCAGAAAAUGAUGAAAACGUCCAGACCUGUUAUUUAGAGUCUAGAUGAGUCUGUAAGGCUGUUAAAGAGGGUUAAAGACGGAUCAUUAAACUCUCCACAAUACAAGAUAAUCUGGGUCAAAUACUCUGUUUAUUUAAUCAGUUUACUUUCUUUUUAUUUAGACAAACAAGACUUUCUUUUUUUACGUGAGGGGGUGUAAAAACUUCAUCGAGCUCCUCAGAGUACACUCAGCUGUGAAGGAUGAUUCGGUUUGAAACAGCUCUAUCUUCAGACCUCUGUGCUGCUGUGAGCAGGCUGGGAGCUCUGUCUCAGGCCGCUCUGGCUUCCCACUGACCCUUUAAACAUCAGCUGAUCACAAAUACAACCUCUGAUUGUACGACAGACUAAAAACAGAAGUCAGUCUUCAGCGAAUGCUGCGUUCGAGUUACCUCGAAAGUCAGAUAUUUACCGAAAAAUCCACUCGCUUUGUGAGACCGGCAGCUUUGGAAAAUGGGUUUACUUUUAGAUCUGCGAUGAAUUAUUAAUAAUUUUAGUGAAAUAUUGUCAUUUAUGGUGUUGUGCUGCGUUCAAGUUACCUCAGAAGUCAGAUGUCGGAACUAUAAUGAUGUCACACCCGAGUUCCCAGCGUUUCAGUUACCAAGUCAGAAAAAAAGCAAAAGCAGAGGCCUGAAACAAGAUGGCUCCAUCUACGAAAGUUAUUUUAGCACUUACCUUAUGUUCUGACAAGGCAAGCGCUAAAAUAACUUUCAUAGAUGUAGCCAUCUUGUUUCUGCCUCCGAUUUUGCUUUUUCCCGACUUGGUAACUAAAAUCCCGGGAACCCUGGGUAACAUGAACGCAGCGUAACACCAUAAAUGACACCAUAAAGUACACCUGUUUUCCAAAGCUGCCGGUCUCACAAAGCGAGUGGAUUUUUCAGUAAAUAUCUGUGUCGUACUGUUCCGAGUUUAGUGUUGAUUAUGUCGUAAAUGACAGCAUCUUCCCGAGGUAUUUUGACGGUCUCUAUGAGCUCGUCAUCUUCAGGUAUUAGAGUCCGUGGAGCCGUAUUUCUACUGUGUGUCAUGUCUGCUGCAUCGCUCCUCUACUUGAUAAAGGCACCAUGACUCUUCCUCAGAUGUCUGUUCAUUAUCUACUUUGCUCCAGUCACUAUUUCUCCCCGUCUUUCAUAUUUAAAAACAACCCUCUCCCCUUUCUUUUUUAAGAUGUAAUCCAAUGAAAAACUCUGUCUCAUAUUCAUGACAAUACGGUAACUGUUAAAUCACUGCACUGUUAGUAGUUUGUCACCCCUCUGACCUGAAACUUGAACCAGACGUCACGGUCAGUGUCUCAAAACCUGGACCUCCUCACUCAGACUGAAGCCCACCACACUGUCCCCGUCUGACUCCACCAGAAGUGACCUCUGCUGGGAGACUUGGAGUAAACCUCGGAGCAGAAAAGCUACUCAUGGAAAACAUGUUGACUUUUUCCUUAUUACAUCACUGCGUUAUACACACACAAGCACACGGACACACACAGGCAGAAGCAGAAACACACUUAAACCCACAAGUGUAAACACAACACACUCUCAAAAACACAAUACCCUAAAGAGAGAGAGAGAGGCGAGUGCAGCGUCUCUUCAGGGCUCCACUUCUGCUGCUUCUGUGUUUUUCUUUUUUCUUCACUUUGAUUUUCUAAAAAUAAUAACACAUGUUCUUCUGUUGUUGUGAUUACUGCAGAUUAAAAGUCAAGUGUCGCAGCACGGUGGAGAAAUCAGGUCAAAAUACUACACACUGGGCAACCAUGAACUGCACUGACCUGAGAUGGACAACGUUACAGAUUCACCAGGCCGCAGUAAAGAGCUGUUAAUACGUCAUCUAUUCACUCGGCUCUUAUCGGAAAAAAAAGAAAGCAGAGUCUCAGAGGACAAACCCCGAUCAAAGACUGGAGUUAAGACCCCCGGGCAGCGCCUAUAAGGUCUAAUCUAGAACAGAAAACAGAGUCUGAAAGCGGUCCGGUUUUGUGGACUGAGGACGCACAUGGAUUAGCAAGUAGGUGGAGACUGUGACAACCUGAAAACUUAGGCUGAAGUCCCUUAUGUCAACAAACCACGGCUGAAAAUGUCAAACAUGCAGACUGUCCUGGUGUAGAGGAGUCCUGAAUUUUAACCACGUACUGCUGGGAGUGUCUUAAAUCAUAUCCAACACUCUGACAGGUAUGAGAGUCUAAACUGGGGCGCAUUCUUUCCCGACUUUCACCUUU